UGCAAGCGGCUUGCCCAGCUGCACACACCCGCCCUCCCUCGGCCGCUCCCUCCCUCCCUCCCUCGCUGGCUGCGCACACAGCGCCCGCUCGCCGCCGCUCGGGUGUCAAAGCCCGCCGGGCACGCCGCCUGCAGCGGGCACUGCCCCGGCCCCCCCGGAGCCCACCGGAGCCUCCCCCGCUGGCCAAGGGAGGGAAUGAGGGAGCGCUUUGUGUGCGGGGCUGGGAUGGGUCCCCUGCGUAUCCUCCGCGUAUCCUCCGCGUAUCCUCCGCGUAUCCCCCGAGCAUCCCGCGCAUCUCGAGGGGGGAUACGCGUUGGGACCCCCCCUCAAUGUCCCCGCUCGCUGUCCCCUCCCCGGGGGUCGCCAUUGUGGCCGCGCUGCUUGCGCGCUGCGGGGCGGGGGUUGCGCGGGGCUGCGGCAAAACAAUGGGCGGGGAUGGGGAGAGGGGGGAAAGGGAGCAGGGGGAGGACGGAGCCCGCGCAGGAUCCGCGCCCCUGCGCGCUCGGCGGCGGCUCCGCUCGCUCCCAGUCUAGACCGGCCCAGACGCAUCAAUUUAAAGGGGCAGAGCGGCGGCGGCAGCGCGCAGAGCUGACCCCCCCCCCCAAAAAAAUAAUAAAGAAAAAUGAGCGGAAGGCAUGGAAAAUAAGAUGGAAAAUAAGAUGGAAUAUAAGAGGGGAAGAGAGAAUUUUGCGCUGCUCCCCAGGGUGGUUUUUCAGGGGGGAAAAGCGAGGAGAAAAGGCUGGAAUAGAAUGGUGUCGUCCCCCCCCCCCGCAAUCCUUUCCCUUCUCCUUUCGCUGCCUCCUCCCGCUGCAGAAUUCCCGGCGCAGAAAUUCCGGGCAGGUUCAGGAUUUCAGCCCCGGAGCUGCAGAAAUGUCAGCGCUGCUAAAAGUCAGUAAAUCAGAAAUGCCCGGCCGGAAUCGUCUCUGUUCGAGCAGACGGAGCUCGAUGCUGAGCGAUUCCUGCAGCGAUUUUUACCUUCUGCAGACAAAAGGAGGGAUAUUGCACUCGGGGUUUAUUUUUUGUGGAUUUCUUCUCUUAGUGUUACAGAGUUUUUCUAACAACAAUUUCAUCAGUUUCCAUGGUUUUAUAUUUUCAUUAGAAAAAACCCAACGAAUUUGUGGAUAAAAAGACGGGUUUUUUUCUCUUACAAGGAAAAUGGAAGAGAAAAUAAAUAUUAGGCAUUAAUUUAAUCAAUAAAUAAAAUAAGUGAAGAAGAUUCUUCAGUAAGAAUAAGUGAAGAAUUCUUCAACAAGAAUUGAAGAUCUUUUUCAAUAAGACUAAUUUUCAAUAAGAAUAAUAACACUAAAAUAAAAACCACCAGGCUGGACCAAGUUUCAAUUAAAAGUAAAUCUAAUAUGCUGCUAUAUUUAAUAUAACACAUUGCUAAAUAUUCUGUGCAAUAUGUGAUGCAAAUUAUUAAGAAGGAGAAAGAGAAGCAAAGGAGGAGUGGGAUUUUUUAAAAUAUGGUUAUUUUUUAAAAAAAUAUUUUAAAUUCUGCAAAACUCUGUGUCUGGGAGUUUUGUCUGAGCUCGGUGACUUUGACCUCGUUGUGGCUGAGUUGGAACUUGCUCUCCCAAGUUGAAAGGCGCAGGGUUUGGUGGCAGGAAAAGGUAAAAAUAAAAGCUCCGAGGCAUUCUGCAGUUUGCCAUUGUUGCUCUUUUAUUUCCAGGGGUUUAACAGGACCUAAAGUUGCACGGUGCUGCAGCUACAAAUAAAAAAAAGAAAAGAAAAAAAAAAAAAGGAGAAUACUUUUAUUGCCUUUCUUCCCUGAAUCAUUUCCAAGGUGCUUAAGGAUUUAUUGGGCCAGAUAGCAAAUUGCAGCUGAGAUGCUGUGCAGUGGCCAGUGCUGAUUAGAUGAUUGAUUAAUUCCUGAUCGAUUUCUGAUUCCCAACCUAAAUCACAUUAUAAAUGCUCGAUAUUAAAAUGCAGCUUGUGCCGAAAUCUGAUUGCAGGAGCCAGUUGGAAAUAGCACAAUAUUCCUAUUUUUUGUUGGGUUUUUUAACCCUUUCAGGAAGUGCUUGGCCGUACCUCAGUGCUUUAGAGCCACGAAAUGCUUGUUCACAGGAGAUUUAUGGAAAUAGCACAAUAUUCCCAUUUUUUGUUGGGUUUUUUAACCCUUUAAGGAAGCGCUUGGCCGUACCUCAGUGCUUAGAGCCAUGAAAUGCUUGUUCACAGGAGGUUUGUGGAAAUAGCACAAUAUUCCCAUUUUUUGUUGGGUUUUUUAACCCUUUAAGGAAGCACUUGGCCGUACCUCAGUGCUUUAGAGCCAUGAAAUUCUUGUUCACAGGAGGUUUGUGGAAAUAGCACAAUAUUCCCAUUUUUUGUUGGGUUUUUUAACCCUUUAAGGAAGCACUUGGCUGUACCUCAAUGCUUAGAGCCAUGAAAUUCUUGUUCACAGGAGGUUUGUGGAAAUAGCACAAUAUUCCUAUUUUUUGUUGGGUUUUUUAACCCUUUAAGGAAGCGCUUGGCCGUACCUCAGUGAGCCGUACCUCUAAUUUCAUUAGAGCCAUGAAAUUCUUGUUCACAGGAGGUUUGUGGAAAUAGCACAAUAUUCCCAUUUUUUGUUGGGUUUUUUAACCCUUUCAGGAAGUGCUUGGCUGUACCUCAGUGCUUUAGAGCCAUGAAAUUCUUGUUCACAGGAGGUUUGUGCACAAUCCCUGGAACAACACGAGACAAUUCCCAGAGCACGAACUCCACGUCCAUCUGCACCUCCAACCACCGCCAAACCGUUUUUAAUUUUGACUUUUUCCUCCUUUUUCCGCCCUGAAUUUUGCUCCCUUCCGUGGAUGGAGGGAGGAGGGUUGAGGAGUUCAAGGCGUGGGUUUCCCAAAGGUACAAUCCCAGUUCUGCACGGGGCUGGAGCUCGGGGAGCGCGGCCUCGCUGCCAACUGUGCCGCAUUCCUGCUGCCCUGCCUUUUUUCCCAGGGCUCCCAAGGAAAGAGCAUCCCAGUUCUUCCUCACUCUUGGGAACACACACAUUGUUUCAAUAAUCCAGGCAAUAAAUGCUAAUUAGUAAUGCUUAAGGACCCUACCAGUCGGAGUAAUUAUCAUAAUUUACCUCUUCCUCGGUAAAAAAAAAAAAAAAAAGCGUUUCUUGCAGAUUUUUUAAUUUUUUUCCAAAUGGCGUUUUCUCCUUUUUUUUCUCUCGUUGGAUUAGCAAUAAAUAUAUAGACACAGGUAGGGAGCUGGAGCUGAGCAUGUGUAAAAUAUUUUCCCACACGUCAAAAUUUCUUUAAAACCUGAGAUUUUUUUCUUUCCUUGGCCUCCCCUGUGCGCUCUCCCCUCCUUCCCCAGCAGCACCAAAAACCACUUGCAGAGGGAGAACAAAGGAAAUCAGCAACUCCAAAGGCAUCAUUAACUAUGAGGAGCAACAGCAAGACAGAGUGUGAUAUGACAACAUAUUUUAUGGCACAAAAGUAGAGAUAAUUAAAUAAUUCAGUGGUAUUCUUAGCUAAUUAGCACAAAGAUCUUUCAGAAGCCAUCAAGAAAAUGGAUCUCAUCAAACCUAAUAACACGUGGGCUUUCCCCGAGAUCCUGAGUUUUCCAGUCUUGCUGCUGCUUCCCCACCUGAUCCUGUAACACCAAAGGGUUGCACAAUUUAAUUGGGCUCUUCCUCAAGAUAAUAUUUUCCAUGGAAGGGGAUCAGGUAUUCAGAGGAAAUGAAUAUGCAUAGCUGGAAUUUUCAAUAUUAGUCAAUAGCAGAGGAGAAGCCAGAUCUGUUAUGAGGGAUCCAUUUAAAAGAUUCAAUUUUCUGCCUCUCUUGGGUUCAUUGGGAUGGGGCUGGCAUUUGGAGCUGCUGGAGUCCAAGACCUUUUUAUUUUAUAAUUUAUAUUAAUUUGGGUUCUGGAUUGGCUGGUUUCAGCUUUUUUUUGGGCAUUGAGAAAUGUGUGGCCAAGUCCAGAGGAGGUUUGGGACCUCUGGUUUAACCUGGCCUCUCAUUCCAAGUUCAAAACCAAACUGGGAAAAGCUCCAUCAUCAUCUGUGGAGUUGUUUUAGCUCUUCAGUUGGAUGGCUACAACUCUCAUGCCAUGAAAAUAUAUUUUUCCUUUGGAUUCAUUAAUUUUUUACCUGGAAUCAGUGGCUGAUGGUCCUGAGCUCAAUCCAGGUUGGCAAUCCACAGAGCCAUGGGCAAGGAUUGCAGGGCAUUGAUCCUUCCUGGCAAACUCAGAGAGGCACGUUCUCAGUAAUCAGGUGCAUCAAAUAUUGCUCAGAACAUCUCUCUGUGUUAUUCAGAAUAUCUCAUUACGCUCCUUUGAUCUGAAUGCACCCCCAAGUUCACGAGAGGCGUUUGCAAAUCCCGUUCUCUGCCUCUGUGUUUGAUUAUUUGGGGUUCCUUUUCCCUCUGCCAAACAAAGGAAUGCCUGAAAAUUUGACUUUGCCAGCCAGCUAAAAAAUCUCCUGCUUUAAAUACCAGAAGGGGAUGUGCAACAAUCUGGGAUUCAGCAAUAAUUCUGGUUUUCACCCUGGGCCCAGACUGAAUUUUCCUCCUGUGUUACAGUUUUGGUGCUUUUCACUCCGUGGAUGCCCACACAGGUUCUGCACUGGGGUAAGAUCUGACAGUUUGGGAUUAUUGUUAUGCAUGGAGGGGAAAAACCUGAAAUUGCCCCUAGAAAAUGGAAAUGGAUUUUUCCCUGCCCAAAAAGAGGUGGAGACUCAUUUGUAGAAGGUAAAAGGAGGGAAUAGGAGAGGAAAAUGCACCCAAAAGUGCUUUGGCCAAGGAGGCAAAGCACACCAAGAUAUUCUAUCUCAUCGUUUACAGGGCUGCUGGUCUUUAAGAAAAAAUUCUUCCUUUCUGGAAAUUUCUGGUUGGGAAUGAGGUUCUGACAUGCCUGGUGUACCCCACAUGUAACAAUGAAACCCAUGGCACUUCUGUGAAAAAGCAAUUUCUUUUUUCUCUUCUGUUUUUCUGUCGUUCACCCAAUGCUCUGGCACUGUGUUUGAAUAUAUGAGGGCAUUCCAACCAAUUAAAAAAUAUAUGUGUAAUUUUAUAAUUCCCAAGAUGAGAGAGGAAUCUCUGCUUUCCUUGGUGAGCCUGCCUGCAAUUGUUUUCCUUUAACAGCUCUUCCCACACUGCAGUCAAUGAAUCUCUAAUCUCCUGGACUGAAAUGUCUGACACUUCCAGCAUCGUUUCCCUGCUGCCUCGGCUCGCAGAGCUCCACCUACAGCAGCGUCUCAGCAGUGGGCUGCUGGUGGAUCUGAGAGAAAUGUCUGGUGUUUUUGGGGAGGGAGGGAUGGAUGGAGGGAUGAAGGAUGAGCAGGGGUUGUGCUGUGCUCUGUGUGCCUCUCACAGCACCCUUCCAGCCGGGAUCUGAGGGACGAGGAGUGGAUGAGCUCUGGCUGAAUAAAUUGAGUUUAUUCCACGGCUGCUCCUGCCCAACACCAGCGCUGCCCCAAGCCUGGUGCUCUGUGCUGCUGCGCCCCAAUGGAAGGAGGGCAGGAGGGCAAGGAGGAGAAGCUCAGCUCUGAGAGAAGGCUCCAAACUGCUCCCUCUGGCUGCCCCAAGGAGCUGAACUGUCCCUGCAAGCUGAGCCUGGUGCUCCCAGGUCAUUCCACCCUUCCCACCCGAGUGCCCUGCUGGCGGCGUCACCCUGAGGAUGGAUUCUGCAAGAAAUGCUGAGAAACAUCAGAAAUGCUGAGGGUUGAGAGGAGUCCUCUCAGUGCACGGACUCAUUUGUGGAUAAAGUCACGCUCACCUGGAUCCCAGCUCCUCCAGAACCACCAGGUGUGGGGAAGGAUCCCAAAUUCACCAUCAGUGGACUUUGGUUUGGCUUUGGUGUGCUUGUAUCAUGUCUGAACGUGCAAAGAUCUUGGUUUUCCACAAGGAAUCCAGUAAAUGGCACCUCUGUCAAUCAGUCA